UAGGGGACGUUUAUCAUUGCCUAAUCUAGAGAACAUAUGAUGCAUAUUAAUUCUGCAUGAUAGUUAAACAUAUACAGGUUAACUUUAAAAUCCUUGUAAUUCUUUUGGAAGACCCUAGCCUUAUGACUCGACGGCAUUAUUGUAUACAAUUGAACUGGAAAAAAUACAACAAUACUUGUAUAUAAAUUCAACUGUAUAGCCGCAUAUUACAGACAAACUGAAUAGUCUUGAUUUGAUAAACAUGGGCACCAGUCGAUGGUUUUCCGUUCUGAAAUUUCUUCUUCUAAUUUCUUUGAAUUCAGUUCAGUGUGGGAGUUACUGCUACUACAGUUAUUAUCUCGGAACUAAAUAUAAAUACUGUUUCUACUACUACUACUACUACUACUAUAACAGCAGCAGUUAUUCCUCAGCAGGAACAGUCGUUGGGGCAAUAAUUGGAGGCAUCGUGGGAUUUAUCUUUCUCCUGUCCAUCGUGGUGAUUGUGUGUGUUAAAGUCUGCAAAAAGACCAAUCAUGGCAACGUGAUUGUCAGACCAAUGGAACCAACCGUGUCUUACAUCAAUUCAACUCAAAACACAUAUGGUGGAUACAUGGCCUACCAGCCUGCUCCGUACCCUGUAUUCCCGCCACCCUAUCAAGGACCCCCGGGAUCCACGCUUACUUCGCAAUCAGUUCCUAGUUAUGGUGACCCGCCACCAUACAAUGAACAGCACACGUCAGCAACCACGGAGCAAUUACAGAGGACAUCGUAACCAAGUUAACAUAUAUAUAAGUAUAUGUACGAAUGACAUCGUAACCAAGCUACCUAAUUUACAGUAUUAGGACAGUGUAGAAAGAAAUGUUUGUCAGCAAAAUUUUAAAAUGAACGCUAGUGCUACACCUGUAGGCUUUAUUAACAAAAAAUGUAUUAGUUAAAAUAUUUUUUUUAAUUGUAUGAAAUCUUGGGUCAUAGGAUAAAAUCAAUUCCCACUUAAACAUGUACUUAGGCUUAAAGUAUAUUGCAUUUAAAUUUGUGUUGUUCUUUUGUUGCUAUAUUUUAAUUGUAGUUGUUGAUGAAAAUGAGGAAAAAAAAAGAAAUACUGUUAACAUUUUUUUAAUC